UACCACUUCUUCUACAUCCCCAAACAAUGUUCAAAGAGAGCUAAAGUUCCAGAGAAAGAGAGAAUUAUUCAUGGCAUCCAAGAAGGCUGUGGUAAUGAAGGUGGCAGUGUUAUCUUUUGUGCUAGCUUUGUCUUCAACUGUAAUUUCUGCUAGACCUGAUGCUCAUGUUUUGGAUCUCUUUGACUUACUAAGUGCUGCCGAAAAGCGUGUUUCUAAUAACUUUGUGAGAGUGGUGCGUGGGAAGAAUGAAGGAAAUAGCAUCGCUUGCUGUGAUGGUUGCGCUUGCAGUAAAAGCAAUCCUCCGAAAUGCAUAUGUUACGACACCUUCAGCGAUACAAAUCGAUGCGAGGGUUGUGAUGCAUGCAUCUGCACACUGACCGAUCCCCCAUUAUGCAGGUGUUUUGAUACAACAGAGUCUUGCAGUCCAGCAUGCUCCGCUGAUGCUGCGUCUAAUUCCCUCUUGAAUAGAGCUAUAGUUGCUCCCAACUAAACCGGCCGCUACUAUGUUCAGGUAGUACUACUAGGCUUGGCCAAUUGCCUCAAUGGCUGACGUUGAGGCUUUUAAAUAAAGUGCAAACCAAGUCUUCACUAAAUAAAAGCGUUUGUGUUGGAAUGAAAAUUGGCUUUGAUUUCAUUA